AAGGAGCCCUAAAAAACCUAGAAUCAGGAAUCAAUUCGAUAUUUGGAUAUAUGUAUCUGUUAGACUAGGGUUUUUACGUUUCCUCAUCCCCGGCCGCUUACAGCGAAAGGCACUCUCUUAGCUAAUCGCUCCCUCUCUCCCUCCCUUUCUAAUCGCAGGUAUGGCGACAGCCACCGGGACAACUGCACAGCAAGAUCCUGCCCAACCUCAGUACGAUGUCAAGCUCUUCAACCGCUGGACCUUCGAUGACGUUCAGGUUGCUGAUAUCUCUUUGAGUGACUACAUUGGUGUCUCAGCUUCCAAGCAUGCAACCUACGUGCCACACACUGCUGGCAGGUACUCAGUGAAGCGCUUCAGAAAGGCUCAGUGCCCAAUUGUUGAGAGACUUACAAACUCGUUGAUGAUGCACGGCCGAAACAAUGGGAAGAAACUUAUGGCAGUUAGGAUUGUGAAGCAUGCCAUGGAAAUUAUUUUUCUCCUGACUGAUCAGAAUCCAAUUCAAGUCAUUGUUGAUGCUAUUAUCAACAGCGGGCCUCGUGAAGAUGCUACUCGUAUCGGUUCUGCUGGUGUUGUCAGGCGUCAGGCUGUUGAUAUUUCUCCUCUUCGUCGUGUGAAUCAGGCUAUCUAUCUCUUGACCACUGGUGCCCGUGAGUCUGCAUUCAGAAACAUUAAAACCAUAGCUGAAUGUUUGGCUGAUGAGCUUAUUAAUGCUGCAAAGGGAUCAUCAAACAGCUAUGCCAUCAAGAAGAAGGACGAAAUUGAGAGAGUUGCCAAGGCCAACCGUUGAGGAAUUGGAAGAGAUUACACCAUGGCAGUGGAGAAUUUUGUUGUUUUUAAUCAGAACUUCAUAAGUUGUCUGUUUUGUCUCCGGGACAUGCUAUGAAUGUUUUGUUGUUUUUUAAUUUCCGGUUAAAAAGGAAUUUUCAGUAGAUAUUGCUAAAGAAAGCAUUUUGCUUAUUGAUUUAAAAUUUCGAUUGACUUGUGUGUGAAA